CUUAUCAUCAAACUCCUCCACCACCUACCAGGCAACUGCAAAUAUUAUUCUUAUUCAAUAUUUCACUGAACAAGAUUUAUUCUGGCAGUUGAUUUCGUGUUGUACGUUUUUUCUUUACACUUACAACUUAAUUCAGAUACGUAAUUAAUAUUAAGUAUUUUGCAUAUUAAGUAUGGAACUAGCAAAUCUCAGAAAGUUUACCGUUAACGCGUUAAAGGAAGCCGAUAUCAAGAAGCAUGGAACUUAUUUGGGACAUGGAUCCUUUGGAAUUGUGGAGCUGGUCACGGUAAAGAAGGAACUAAUGGCGUUGAAACAUUACAACAAAGCUGGAAGAGAGGACAGCGUUCGGGAAAUUAGCACCCUUGGAAGAAUACAACAUGAAAAUGUUGUCACGUUGCGUGGGAUAAUUGAGGACGACUUCGACAAAAUACCCAAGAUCCUCUUGGAGUAUAUGGAAAACAGUUCUUUACUAAAUUAUCUAGAGAAACUUAAAGAGACCUCGAUCCAUGAUGUACAAGUGGAACAUCAAUUACUCCAAAUUGUUCUCAACGUCUCUGUCGGAAUGACACAUUUACACCAAUUAAAUUGCAUCCAUAGAGACCUUGCUUCCAGAAAUGUGCUAAUUAAUGGGACUGGUGUCGCUAAAAUUGGGGAUUUGGGAUUCAGCAUCUUUGUGGAAGGACUUCAUUUGUUGGACACGUUUGAGUAUAAAGCCGAGGAACUUAAAAAAAUUCCUAUUCGAUGGGCCCCAAAGGAAAGUGUGGUCGGCGUCGAGAGGGAGGACCGAACAAAACGCCAGAUAUACUCGCGCCUUUCAGACGUAUGGUCGUAUGGGACGCUUUUAUGGGAAAUUUGGUCGCAAAGUGGUCUUCCAUGGAAAAAGGAUGAGGAUAAUAGUUUGACAAAUGAGGAAGUCGUGGAGGCAUUGAAAAAUGGAAAAAAUCCAUCAAAUUAUCAUCCAUCCUCCUUCAAAGCCCCUCCCAUUGUGCUAGAAAUUAUGCACAAAACCUUUGACCAGAGAUGGAAACGAAGAAUGCAGUUUUACGAAAUUCAAUUAAAAUUGGAGCAACAUUUACGGUUUUUAAACGAUUCAUUAAUGAAAUCCGGGGAAAGAGUGCGGAAAAAAUCUGUCCUGUUAAAUCAAGUCAAGCGCGAUAUUCUGUUUCAAACCGUGGUUACUAAGGAUAAGCGAAUAGAUCCAGAAAAUGACGAUGAGCCAUACACAAGCCCCCUCUUUGAAAAUAUCCAAUCAGCAAUUAUGAAUUCUGAGAAUUCAUUCACAAAAAGUGAUGCAAUUCAUCACCUAAUCAUUAAAUUUGGAGUCACUAACCCCAUGACCAAUUUCGUUGGGAGGACUGAAGAAUUGAGAAAAUUAAAAAGCAUGACAGAGUCUGACAAAUGCUCGGUCACUAUUGUUCAAGGUAUCGGAGGAAUUGGUAAAUCCCAACUGCUUAAGAAGUUCUUAGAAACAUUACGGCACGAUUCUCCCAGCGUACGGCAACCUAUCCAAACAUGGCUCAAUGGAAGUAGUUCAAAUGAAUUUUACAAAUCUUUGAACAAUUUUUACAAGAUUUUGUCACAAUCAGCGCACCUCGACAUCAAUGAGGUGUCGCUAAUUCCCAAAUUAAUUCAGGAAAUUCGACCUGUGAAAGACACCCGAGAAUGGAUCGUUGUCAUAGAUGAUUUCGCUCGACAUGAGAAUAUCUCCGAUUUCUCAAAAAUUAUCAAGGAACUUACCGCCGAUAAAAAUAUCGCGGUAAUUAUAACUACCCGUAGAAACCUAGUGCUUGGAGAGGCAGAACUUUUGGUACUGAAAUGUUUAACCGAUGCCGAAGCUGUCACCCUAAUUUCUGCAGCAUGUCCGAAAAACUUUGAAAUAUUUGAGGAAAGCUCACCCCAAUUAUGUACCGCACUUUUGAAUAAUCCUUUCUCCUUACAAGUAGCAGUUGCAAUAAUUAGAGAACAGCUGCAAAAACGGUUACUAUUUGGUCGAGUCAGAUUCGGCAAGGGGAAUUAUGUUACCGAAUUUUUGGAAAAGUUUGAAUCAAACUGCAGCGAAAUUAUAUCUUAUAAACUAAUUCUGGAUGAGUAUGAGGAAUCUAUCAGUUCAAUAGUUGUAGCCUCUUUGAAUGACAUUGAAACUUAUUUCUGUUCCGAGGCAAGCUAUGCAAUUUCUGUGUUACAAAUAUUGUGCCGCAUUUACCCGAAGAAGGUUACUGCCAGAGGACUAAAGUCAAUUCUUCACUGUAACGAUCACCAAAAAUUCGAUACUUGUCUCGAUAUCUUGACAUCUUAUGGAUUCUUACAGAUAAAAAAUGAAUCCAUAAAUCUCGAAUCUUGUGUCAUAAUUCCAAAUAUUUUGUUUCUACGAGGUAUUCAAGGUAAUAGAAAUGAUGAGGAAACGUUUUGCGCAUUUUUUGAAAAUAUUGACUUACAACUACUCGACGCAGAUGAUUUGGCAAUAGUUUAUACCCUUUGGCAAAAUGUCUCACAUCGGACGUCAAUUCUAUCGAGGUGUGUGGGUUUUAUUUUCAAGUUGUUAGAAGCAUACACAAAUCAUAAUGCAUGCGAGAAAGCAAUCCUAGAAUUUGCGCUGGCCCAGAGCAAUGUUUUAAGAAAUAUUUGGGGUUCAACUGAUUCGAUAAAUAGGGAUGAUGCUGGAUUACAGCUCUCUGUGAAAUUCGAUGACAUUGGUAGGGUCUUGGAAUUUGUUCCGAAACCAUUUAAACUACCCGCAACUGUUGGGGAGGAAGAAAGUGGAGGAAGUAAUUUCAAAUCUUUCGUUUUCUUGAUUCCUGGUUUAUCCAAACAGUUAAAGUUGCUUAAUUUUUCAUAUUGAAUUAUUUUGUUGGUACAAUUUAACCAUAAUUUCCCACAUGCAUGAGGGAUAUUAAGAUUCAGAUUGUUAACGCCAAUGUGAUAGAGAUGUGGAAAUAUGUAAAUAACCAAAUAUUGAUAUAUGUAUCCUAUUGAGCAGAGGAUAAUACAAAAUUAAGAGACUAUUUAUAAUUAGAGGAAAACAUCAGUAAAAAUUAAGAAGAUUUAAUCCAUGUUUUUCCAGAAUCAAUAAAAAAUAUUAGGAAAAUAAUGCUUAAAUAAAAUUACACACCAGAGGCACGGUCAGGGAUUAGUGGGUCGAUUUUUAGAGAUUAUUACGCUGCUAAUCUUUCAAUUUGGACGGCCUUCUCAGUUUUAUCUGUGUCUUUUGAAAUCAAUUUUCCUCCGAAAUGCAAUAGAUGUCGUGUUGCCCAACGGCAAAUAUAAUGUUACUUUUACCAACACAAAAAUUAUAAAUUAUAACACAAAAAUUAUAAUUAUAAUUAUUGUAUUAAGUUGUGGGAUGUAAGUAAAAUUAGUAAAAUAAAAUAAAAUAAGUAAAAUUAAUAAGAUAAGUAAAAUUAUGUCAUGAAUUAUACGUGUAUAUAAGUUGCUGUCAUUUCUUUGAAACAUAAAUUGGUGACUGCAAAUUAGUUUAUAAAUGUUAAGAAAGGUCUAGGCUACAUUUUGAUAUAAAUAUUGCCCAUGUUGGGUAAUCGUAAGAUAUCGUAAGAUUGCUUUAAAAGUGUGUGAAUUCGUGAAUUUAAUGUAUGUAAGUGAAUGAGUGGGGCAAUGUGAGUCAUGCGGGAGUGGUUGAAGUGCGUUGUCAUGGUGAUGAAGAAAGGAGACGGCGUGCUUGGCAACGAGAAGAGAGCAGUAUGUAAGUAGAGCUCGAGGUGUGUAUAUCAAGCUGUAUUUUUGUGCCAAGAUGUUUACGUAAAAUAAAGGACCACGGCAAAUAA